CCGGCGGAAGUGACGACAACCAUUUAAGUGUUCGCGACCUUGCGUGGUGCAUGGGAUUUUUAUUAAAUUAAAAAGCCACCUAAAAAUGUUCUUAAUUUGCAUGUUUAAUUUCUCAUAGUGUCAAGAUUCACAGGAUGAUCUCUUUAAUCAAGGCUGCUGUGGAUAGCGUGGCUGCCGUCUGUGCCCACAGUCACCAACACGGACUCCUGCACAGCCACUUGAAAGUUCUAACCGCCGGACUGAAUACAUUUGAAAUCCCUCCUGACUACAGAGAUGUGAUGCUGCCACAAAAACCCAAACUGAAGUUCAUGAAUAAGGUACCCAACUUUAAAAAAGCUAAGAGAGAGAUGAAGAAGCUGCGUGACAUCCAAGGCCCUGCUCGCGCAGCAAAUACCUUCACAGCUGGACAGUAUGCCAUAGUGGCAAUGGGCGGGGGCUACCUCCACUGGGGACACGUGGAGAUGAUCCGUCUAACAGUCAACCGCAAGAUGGAUGCCAGCACUACGUUUGCUCGCUGGCGCAUCAACGCGCCCUACAAGCCCAUCACGCGUAAAGGGCUCGGUCAGCGCAUGGGUGGAGGCAAGGGAGCCAUUGACCACUAUGUGACACCUGUUCGCUGUGGUCGCCUUAUUAUCGAAGUAGGAGGAAAGGUGGAGCUUAAGGAAGUGGAGCAUUACUUGACAGAAGUAGCAAAAAAGCUUCCCUUUCCUGCUAAGGUGAUGAGUAGAGAGAGCUUAGAAGCCUUCAAACAGAACCAGAUCGAUAUGGAGCAGAAUAACCAGAACCCAUGGACCUUCAGGAGGGUCGUCCAAGGAAACAUGCUUGGUAUCAGGAGGGUCCUCAGCCCGCUUGACCUGAAGAAUCAUGGACGCUUCACAGGCAAAUUUCAAAUCCCCGGGAGGGUGUGACAGUCCCCAAAGACACUUAUCUUCAAUGCAAUUGGAAGAACCUUACAUUCAAAAAGCUUCUGUUUGUUAAUGUAUGAGAGUCAUCUUUCAACUUUGUAUUAUGCAUUUUCAUUUAUUUUCUUCAUCCUCUUGGUCUUGUCCUGACAAAUCCACGCUAACUAGAUUGAGCUUGAAAGUGAUUUUACCUUAUCAAUAAAACUAUUUCAAU